UUCCAGCUGGGAAGGAGAGAGAUGACACAGAGCAGAUAGCUGCAGAGGAUGCUCCCAGGGUUUUGUACAGAUUUGUGAUUUGGAAAUGGAAGACUUUAAAGAAAGCCUAGCAUUUAAAGGUGUUGCUGAGAGACUGACGCUGGGCAUUACUCGUAUACUCGAGAACAUGCCUGGGGUGGUGGAUGUGCGUUUUGUAGAGAGGGAGCCUGCAGAGAAGAGGAGCCUGCUGUCAUGGGAACAGAAAAACACUUGUAUUUUGCCAGAGGACCUGCGAGAUUUCUAUCUGACAACUGAUGGAUUUACACUAACCUGGAGCGUUAAACUAGACACUACCCAAUGCACCCUCACUGGUUGAUCUGGACUGGGAGGAGAACAACACAGAAAGUGGGACGGGGCAUGCUCCCGCUGCACCCCAUUUUGAUUCCCGGAGCCGUAUCUUUGAGCUGGAUUCCUGUGGUGGGAAUGGCAAAGUGUGCCUAGUCUACAAAAACUGCACUGCAGGUGUUGUAGCCCAGAAGAGUGAAAUUUGGUUCCUCGACCGCUCACUGUGCUGGCAUUUUCUGACAGCAACUUUCACCUCCUACUACCGACUGAUGAUAACGCACCUGGGUCUGCCUGAGUGGCAGUAUGUCUUCACCCCAUAUGGCCCAAGUCCCCAGGCCAAGCAGUGGGCAUCACUGUACCAACCACUGACUUUCAGCAGUGAGCUCAGCUUGGCUGAUCCCGCUGGAGAUUCCCAUCUCAACAAGCUGGAUCCUAUAAAGGCCUUCAAAGGCAAGGCCAAGGUACCCGCCCCCAAGAAGAAGCAGUCGGCACAGAGCAGCUUGGGGAGCACUGCCAAGACCCAGGGUGUGAGCACAGGAAGACAAAUUGGGGCAAAGCGGUGAGAACAUUCCAGUCAAAGGAAAACAUUUCAACCAACUCCACUGUCUGCACAACCAGCAUAGCUAAGAGGAGCAGUCUGUUAUUUCGAAAUUGGUUGGACUUAGUGUUAACACAUCUCUGUGCUCCGUGAGAGCAUGUUAUCUGAAACGUUUGGAAUGCUGCAUAUCUAAAUAGAUCCAUAACCAGGGUUAACCAGGCAAGUGGUACCAGCUGGUGGAGGCAAAGUGGCAUGUAAAAAGGUUUUUCCAACCUUGUUUUUAUGUUUAUUGUUUUUCUUACUGGGGUCCAGGUUUCAUGAGCCCUAAUUCCCCCAUAACCUGGCUCAGGUGGUUUUAAAAGAAAACAUUUGAUUUGAUCGUGACAAUCCUGAUCAUCGUAUUUUUGUUUAUCUUACACUGCUGAGCGCUAGUGACGGAGAAAUUAGAAGCACCGAUGCUUUUCAGCCAAUUGCAUCACUAAUAUAGUUAUUAUUGUAAGCCUCAUGUAACACAGUGUUCACUAGCACCGCUUAGUGGUCAAAAUAAUCCAAACCAGUAAAUUCAUAAAAUAUGAUUAUGUGCUGCUGACAUACCACAAAUAAUACAGACAUGUAGUAACAAACUGUACUAAUACUCAAUAAGGACACAGUCAUCAUCAGUUUAUAUCUGUAAUUGUUGUCACUAGGCUUGGUUUGCCACUGUACACAUUUCAAUUUUGAAUCAUACAACAAUUUUUAUAUAUAUAUAUAUAUAUUAUGCAUUUUACAAGUACACGAAAAAGUAAAUAACUUUAUGUUUAUGUGACUGUAAAAUUGAGGAAACAGGAAGAAUGAACAUAAUACUGUGUAGGUUUCAGUUGGUCAAUAAAGUGCUUGUAUGACUGAAGACUUGUAUCUACAAUUUAAAACUGAUCACAUGAUUCUACAGACAGAAACUGAUCACAUGACUCACUGAAAAUGUUCAGAGCUUCUGUAUCAAACAUUACAUCGCUUUAGAUUGCAUGCAAAUGCAAAAAAUUAAAUGUUCCAUGUUGCAUUAUCAAAGACUAGCAAUAAACCAUCAAGCUAUAGUCUUCAGUAAUGUAAGUUACUCACUGGCCAUCACAUCACUGCAGUGUCUCACUGAUGCUAUGUUCCUCUGUAAACUUCACAAACAUAAAAAUGACUAGUGAUUUUUGUGCAAUGACAUCUGCUCUGAUGACUUAUCAAUGAACUGAUGUGAGGAGGUUAUAUUCCAGCAUUUUGGAGCUUUAUCCAUUUAGUGGUCAUAAUGCCAAGUAUACUGCUCAGUAGACCUAAUAAACAUAUAGAAUUAGGUUUUUGGUUCAAGUACUUUGGAGCCCUUACAUAGUGAAGCAAGGAACAUUUACACUUUUUAGCUUUAGGGUGCUGUGCACUAGAUUGUUGGAAAGAUAAAUGUGUAUAUUAUGUCUUAUUGUGCUGCUGCCCUUUCAAGCUGUGAGGAGCCAACUCCUACUGUUCCUAUUUUAUUUUCUAAUAGCUACAUGUUUAUUUUAGUGCACUGUAUGGGUGGGGGGGUAUUUACUUUUCUUUACAUACUCUCUGUUUUUAUGAUGUCUUCCAAGGUUAUAUCAGCUGUUAAUGCUGUUAAUAUAAACAUAAAAUGGCCAGUG